GUUUUAAAUGCUGUGAAUGUAACAGUCAAUAGUCCAGACUAGCUGAGCGAACGUGACAGUCAAUAGACCCGACUAGCAGCGCGCAACGGGAAGGGGAUGGGAGAAGCCGUUGGUCACAGGGAGGAAAAUACAAACAAAAAUAACCCGUCCGCAGAUGUGAGAGAAGGAAUAGCACCACCAGUAGACAAACAGGCUGAGACGAGGCACGGAGAGAGGAGACACAGAGACGAGACACGGAGAGGAGGCACGGAGAGAGGAGACACAGAGACGAGACACAGAGACGAAACACUGAGAGGAGGCACGGAGAGAGGAGACACAGAGAGAGGAGACACAGAGAGAGGAGACACAGAGACGAGACAGAGAGGAGACACAGAGAGGAGACACGGAGAGGAGACACGGAGAGGAGACACAGAGAGGAGACACGGAGAGAGGAGACACGGAGAGAGAGAGAGAGAGCGGAGCCCUUUCCAUCAUUCCACAAGUGACUGCUUGGUCUUGUUUGUCACAAAAUAGCGCGGAAGGACUAAAAACGCACGAGUAGAGGGGGGAUUGGGGGGGGGGGGGGGGAAGUACGACACGAACAAUAGCGGGGUCUUUGGAGAGAGAAGCUGUUGCCCUUUUUGGGGGAGAACCAUGACAGUAGUGCCCAGAGAGAACCACGAUGAGACCGUGGCACUAACCGCCCUGUCCCAAGAUGUGUUCGACCCGGCGGACCAGCGGACGGACCAGGACUGCUGUGAGCGCGUGGUCAUCAACGUCUCCGGGCUGCUCUUUGAAACCCAGCUGAAAACGCUCGCUCAGUUCCCCGCCACUUUACUGGGAGACCCGAGGAAGAGAAUGCGCUUCUUUGACCCUCUGAGGAACGAGUACUUCUUCGACAGGAACCGACCCAGUUUCGACGCCAUCCUCUACUAUUACCAGUCUGGCGGCCGCCUCAGGAGACCAGUCAACGUCCCCUUGGACAUAUUUAUGGAGGAGAUCAAAUUUUACCAAUUGGGAGAAGAUGUGAUCGAGAAUUUUAAGGAGGAUGAGGGAUUUAUAAAAGAAGAGGAGAGACCGUUGCCGGAAAAUGAGUUUCAACGACAGGUCUGGCUGCUGUUUGAAUACCCGGAGAGUUCUGGACCCGCCAGAGGGAUUGCUAUUGUCUCUGUUCUGGUGAUUUUAAUUUCUAUUGUCAUCUUCUGUUUGGAGACGCUGCCUGAGUUUAGGGAUGAAAAAGAGAAAAACUGGGACGCCGAGCCGUCGUUGAAUGGAACUAACAGCUCUAAAAAACCCAAUCCAUUCACAGAUCCUUUCUUCAUAGUGGAGACCCUGUGUAUCAUCUGGUUCUCCUUCGAGCUCUUCGUCAGGUUCCUCGCCUGCCCCUCCAAGCCCGCUUUUUUCAAAAACAUGAUGAACACCAUCGACAUUGUGGCCAUUAUGCCCUAUUUCAUCACCCUGGGCUUGGAGCUGGCGGAGCACCAAGGAAACGGACAGCAAGCCAUGUCUCUGGCCAUCCUCAGGGUCAUCCGGCUGGUCAGGGUGUUUAGGAUCUUCAAGCUGUCCAGACACUCCAAGGGGCUUCAGAUAUUGGGACAAACCCUCAAAGCCAGUAUGAGAGAGUUGGGGUUGCUCAUCUUCUUCCUCUUCAUCGGAGUCAUCCUCUUCUCCAGCGCAGUCUACUUCGCCGAAACCGACGAUCCAGACUCCGGCUUCAGCUCGAUCCCCGACGCGUUCUGGUGGGCUGUGGUCUCCAUGACUACCGUUGGCUACGGGGACAUGUGCCCGGUGACCAUAGGAGGCAAGAUCGUGGGCUCUCUGUGCGCCAUAGCCGGUGUGCUCACCAUCGCGUUACCGGUCCCCGUCAUCGUGUCCAACUUCAACUACUUCUAUCACCGGGAGACUGAGCACGAGGAGCAGUUCCAAUACACCCAUGUGACGUGUGGCCAGCAGCAACAACCGUCUUUUGGUGAAUUAAAGAAGAGUGACAGCCAACCAUCGCUUUCCAAAUCGGACUUCAUAGCCACGGAGGACGCCGACUCUAUCAAACAUACCAACUGCAGCCCACACAAAGCGCACUGCAGCCCACACAAAGCGUACACGGGGAAACUCACUAAUGUAUGAUUGUAGAGCAAACAGAAAAUACCCAGCAAUGGAAAAACAGGCAUAGCCUAGAAGAUAUUCAGAGAAACCAUGCGUUUCUUUCUGUGAGUAGCAUACAACCCCCAAUUCUGCGCUCUGACUAGAGUAACGUUUGACUCUCUCUUAUUUCCGGUGUAUCUGUAUCUGCUGAAGGAAUUAUUCUAAUAGAUUAAUCAAAACGUGACUCGUGAUCUCACCUGAAAACAGUCUUCCGUUACGCGCACAGCUCUUCUUCGCUUGUUGGUUGUAAACAUAAUUAAGAGGCUAUAUUUAGCCUCAUAAACAACAACCAUGAUCAACCAAUCCCCCCUAUUGUAGCACUUUAUUCAUGUUCUCUUAGUAAAGUCUAAUUGAUUCAGACUAAUCGCUUGUCCAUUUUCUUUUUCUUCCGUUUUCUAAAAGUUUACAUAUUGAUUUGCCUGUUUGGUGUUGAAGAGAUAUAUAACAUAAUAGGACCAAUUUGUCUAAAAUUACUUGAAUGAAUCUUAUACCUUCAGGGCAUUGUAAUUACUUAUUAAAACCCCAAGGUCACCCAGUGACUCUACCCACAACGCCCUAUUUAUUUACACCAUAUCCACGUAAUGCGUUUUUCCAUUAGACCGUUAGAGUGGGGUUUUACUGGGCAGCGUUGCCUGGCAGCAGACCCUCUAUCCUCUCUGUCAACUGUGAUGAGGGAACAGGCAUAACGGAGGUCUAUCCAUCCAUGCAGAGAUGCCAUUGUCUUUGAUAGUAGAGCCUCGGUGGUGCGGGUCCCUCUAGGAGCUGCGCAUCCACUCCAAUAAGUAUCUGUCGCUGGAGAAUUCACACCUUGACAAGCCAUUGAGGAGGCUAGACAUUACGCACAGCCCAUAAUUGCCCUCUAAAAUGACCACAGGCACUAUUCAAAUGAUUUAUAUGUAUGGAUCAAUAAACGAACAGCAUCGAAUCUGAAUCGAAUGAAUCAAAUAUGAUACUAUUGACAUUGUUUACAACAUUUCGUCUUUUUUAAAUUAUUUUUAUUAUACAAUCUCACCAAAACUAUAUAAGUAGGUAGGAGGCCUAUUAGCGAAUAGUGCACUAGAUAAUACUAGAUAAUAUCAAGUCUCUCGGAUGAUUCUUCUUCUUGGGAUAUUACAGAUGAAUGAAUGAAUGCGUUUAACAACUUGGCGUGGGGGUAGGAAAUGAACAGAGCGCCUUGUCGUGUUCAGACAGACGGUCAGAUGCGGAGUAUAUUUGGACCCAGAGCGCCGCUUUGUGGACAGUUCGGCAACUGCAGACGCGGUGUGGAAGCUGGUUAGUUUCUAUAGCAACCUUCCAGACUGUUCUGACAGGGGAAAUAUGUUACUGUCUGCCGUUAAACAGAACAGAGGACGGAAGGAUUGACUGACGACCUGAUUGAAGGAUGUUUUCAUUGUAACCCAAUGAAUGCUGCUACACAGCGCCCGACUUGAGUUAUGUAGAAAUAUGAUUAAAUGAUAACGAAGAAGAUUUUGGCAGCUAUGUCCGUGUCCUGGGAUGAAUGGUUAUAUAUGGUGUCGUCUAGACAGGCAGAGAAAGCAGAGACAGACAGAGACCUAUGCUGCAGGCAGAAAUGUAUUGAUAUCAGAAUCACUAGAAACCCAUAUUGUCUUUGGUUAAAAAAAACUCCCCUGACUCCGAGGCAGAAGGAUCAACAGCUUAUUGGCCACUUAUAUCACCAGCGUUGUACAAGUCACCUUGCGUUCCAGGACAACUACAUUUCAGGACACCUUGUCUUCUGAUGCCGUGUGACAUCGCAAUAUCACUUUGCUACAGUGGACUACUACCUGACCACACUGACCCCCUCCAUCCCUCUCCACCCCCCUUCUCCAUCACCAUGUCACCUGACUCCACUGACCCCCCCCCCACCCCCCUUUCCCAUCACCAUGUCACCUGACUCCACUGACCCCCUCCACCCCCCUUCUCCAUCACCAUGUCACCUGACCACACUGACCCCCUCCAUCCCUCUCCAUCCCCCUUCUCCAUCACCAUGUCACCUGACCACACUGACCCCCUCCAUCCCUCUCCAUCCCCCUUCUCCAUCACCAUGUCACCUGACUCCACUGACCCCCCCCUGACCCCCUCCAUCCCCAUCACCAUGUCACCUGACCCCCUCUGACCCCCUCCAUCCCCUUCUCCAUCACCAUGUCACCUGACCCUCACUGACCCCCUCCAUCCCUCUCCAUCCCCCUUCUCCAUCACCAUGUCACCUGACUCCACUGACCCCCCCCUGACCCCCUCCAUCCCCAUCACCAUGUCACCUGACCCCCUCUGACCCCCUCCACCCCCCUCCCCCAUCACCAUGUCACCUGACCCCCUCUGACCCCCUCUGACCCCCUCCACCCCCCUCCCCAUCACCAUGUCACCUGACCCCCUCUGACCCCCUCUGACCCCCUCCGUCCCCUUUCUACCAGCCAUGUUGUGGUGCAUCUCAGCUAAAAGAGGUGGAAUCAAAUAACCGUUGGAAUAGAUUAUGACAGACGUUAUCGCGUCAGGAAAGUACGGAUAACUAACUCAGCGCCCAAUUGGUUGGAUUUACCAGAGGAGAGGGCGGGGACCUGCUCCAGAUGACAGAUGCAGAAGCCAAUCAGGUUGGAAUCAAUAGCAAAAAACUGCAUAGACCAACAGACCCAUUGGCCAAUGCAACAGGACAGCCGACUGCUAAGACGCCUGGACUACAGUGUCUCCUGGAGAUGUGACGUGGGAAGAUGACAGCUGCCGGAGAGACAGACACAUGGAGGUGGUGAAAGAUGAGCUGUCCUCUGCCGUACGAAGCUUCCUGAAACACCCUGACUGUUUCCCAUCCCCCAACCACUGGAGACCUCCUCAGCUAACAAGCCACGGGAGAAAACACCAUCACGGUCUUUUAUCUCUGAGAGGAGGAACGGAUGAAAUACACAACAGAAAAGAUGAGAAAACAUGACUCACUGGAGUACAGGGCUCUGACAUGCCUUUCCAUUAGGUACAACUGACAGGAUGUAGAAUACACCACCUGAACAACAUCACUGACAGGAAAUAGAAUACACCCACCUGGACAACAUCACUGACAGGAUAUAGAAUACACCACCUGGACAACAUCACUGACAGGAUAUAGAAUACACCACCUGGACAACAUCACUGACAGGAUAUAGAAUACAACCAGGUGGACAACAUCACUGACAGGAUAUAGAAUACACCACCUGGACAACAUCACUGACAGGAUAUAGAAUACAACCACCUGGACAACAUCAUUGACAGGAUAUAGAAUACACCACCUGGACAACAUCACUGACAGGAUAUAGAAUACACCCACCUGGACAACAUCACUGACAGGAUAUAGAAUACACCACCUGGACAACAUCACUGACAGGAUAUAGAAUACACCACCUGGACAACAUCACUGACAGGAUAUAGAAUACACCCACCUGGACAACAUCACUGACAGGAUAUAGAAUACACCACCUGGACAACAUCACUGACAGGAUAUAGAAUACAACCAGGUGGACAACAUCACUGACAGGAUAUAGAAUACACCACCUGGACAACAUCACUGACAGGAUAUAGAAUACACCACCUGGACAACAUCACUGACAGGAUAUAGAAUACAACCAGGUGGACAACAUCACUGACAGGAUAUAGAAUACACCCACCUGGACAACAUCACUGACAGGAUAUAGAAUACACCACCUGGACAACAUCACUGACAGGAUAUAGAAUACACCACCUGGACAACAUCACUGACAGGAUAUAGAAUACACCACCUGGACAACAUCACUGACAGGAUAUAGAAUACACCACCUGGACAACAUCACUGACAGGAUAUAUAAUACACCACCUGGACAACAUCACUGACAGGAUAUAGAAUACACCCACCUGGACAACAUCACUGACAGGAUAUAGAAUACACCACCUGGACAACAUCACUGACAGGAUAUAGAAUACAACCAGGUGGACAACAUCACUGACAGGAUAUAGAAUACACCCACCUGGACAACAUCACUGACAGGAUAUAGAAUACACCCACCUGGACAACAUCACUGACAGGAUAUAGAAUACACCCACCUGGACAACAUCACUGACAGGAUAUAGAAUACACCACCUGGACAACAUCACUGACAGGAUAUAGAAUACACCACCUGGACAACAUCACUGACAGGAUAUAGAAUACACCCACCUGGACAACAUCACUGACAGGAUAUAGAAUACACCACCUGGACAACAUCACUGACAGGAUAUAGAAUACACCACCUGGACAACAUCACUGACAGGAUAUAGAAUACACCACCUGGACAACAUCACUGACAGGAUAUAGAAUACACCACCUGGACAACAUCACUGACAGGAUAUAGAAUACAACCAGGUGGACAACAUCACUGACAGGAUAUAGAAUACAACCAGGUGGACAAUGUGUCUGACACAGAUUAAACCCGGUGGACAAUGUGUCUGACACAGAUUAAACCCGGUGGACAAUGUGUCUGACACAGAUUAAACCCGGUGGACAACAAUGUGUCUGACACAGAUUAAACCCGGUGGACAAUGUGUCUGACACAGAUUAAACCAGGUGGACAAUGUGUCUGACACAGAUUAAACCCGGUGAACAAUGUGUCUGACACAGAUUAAACGCGGUGGACAAUGUGUCUGACACAGAUUAAACCCGGUGAACAAUGUGUCUGACACAGAUUAAACCAGGUGGACAAUGUGUCUGACACAGAUUAAACCCGGUGGACAAUGUGUCUGACACAGAUUAAACCCGGUGGACAAUGUGUCUGACACAGAUUAAACCCGGUGGACAACAAUGUGUCUGAUAUGGACCGGACACAGCAGCACUGCUCUGAUGACCUGCAGAGAAGAGAGGACACAAACAGACAGAGGUACAGAAGACGUUACUUGAAUCACCUUCCAGAGACAUUACAUGACACAUUAAUAAUGUAUAGAUAUGUGUAAAACCCACUGAUCGUGGUACCCCCCCCCUUUUGCUUAAUGUAUUCAACAUGACCCUGGAACAACAUACUCCUUCUAAUGCUGAGAAACAGCUGUGUGAAAAUGACAGAUAAUGACAACAAUACGACGGGGGGGGGGUUCUGUAUGUAGACGUUGAAUAAUGUAAUGUUCUGUAUAGAUAAUGCCAUCAAUAAGACGAGGUUCGGUAUGGUGACAUGGAAUAAUAUCGUGUUCUACACCAUAACAUAUUGUUGAAAACGUGGACAGCUCGUCAGGCAGAAAUAAAGACCGUAGUUUUAAUUCUGUGUCAACAAACUGUUCUAAAAAAAAAAAGACUUAUCUGUUCUUCUCGGCUCUGUUGGCUGUUGGAGUUAUUACAUUGUUAAAUCUAUAUUUUUUUAAGGUAUUAUAUAUAUCUAUAUGUUUUAUAUGAAAAGGGAUUGGUUUAAAACUGGAGAUUUUAUUUGAUAGAUUUAUAACAUCGAUUAUUUUUAUUUUUUUAUGUUGAUAAAAUGUUUUGUCUUGAUGAGAACAUGGCAGGCAGGUAGAGGGUGACAAAAAAACAAAAUGGCUUCCUUUCAAAACAAUCAUUAUUCCGUGUUCACGUGCUAAUCGGAACUUGGAACUUUCCGACUUGCUAACUGGUCGUGGUUAUACACGUGUCGCGUUCAACCAGUUAGAAAGUCAGAAUUUCCUAGUUUCCGACUAGCAAGUGAACACGACUUUAAAGCCCCGUUUUCCGGCGCAGGGAUAUGACGUCAUCAGUAUGAAUCUGCUGCAGGUGUUUUGACGAAUGUUCAUAUGUCUUUUUUUUAUCAUUUAAAUGAUUGAUUGUUUAAAAAAAAAAAAAGUGUUUUUAUCAGAAUGCUGUAUCACUGUUUAUUGAUUGAAGGCAUCUACCUCAGUGUCCGCAUCACGUUUCAUUUUAAACAGCAGCUGUAACCGCUGGGUCGUGUUCAAAUGGAAGAAAACAGGGAGGUGACUACCUUUGAGUUGUCCAAUAAGAAACACUCAUUUUUGGGUUUUUUCCCCAUGGCAAAACGGUUUGGUACGGGCAGUACAGGUCACAAAUGGCGGGAACGGGAAAGAACGGGUCGGGGUCAUAACAUAGUGGAAACGCAAAUAUUCACUUCACUGUGCUGAGUCUCUUCACGCCAUCCCACACCCACUGACCCCAUCUCCCUCCCCAGCACUGAGCCAUCUCACUGACCCCAUCUCCCUCCCCAGCAUUGAGCCAUCUCACACCCACUGACCCCAUCUCCCUCCCCAGCACUGAGCCAUCUCACACCUACUGACCCCAUCUCCCUCCCCAGCACUGAGCCAUCUCACACCCACUGACCCCAUCUCCCUCCCCAGCACUGAGCCAUCUCACUGACCCCAUCUCCCUCCCCAGCACUGAGCCAUCUCACUGACCCCAUCUCCCUCCCCAGCACUGAGCCUCAGAGGGCUGGAACAGGCUAGCCAGGUCAGAGCGUAUUACCAGCUAACUGCUCAGCAGGCUGACCACAGGGGUCUAUGUCUCUCAGUGUGACCGAACUCUCCAGCACAACAGCCGCUAGGCUAGUUAGGAGAAACAAGCUUAAUUGAUACAGGAGGGAAUCAACAGGUUCAUUGAUUCUGACUGGAGAUGAGAUGCUUUUCUUAUGAUGUUUAAAUUCAUAUGAUUGUUGAGACAUUUCCUCUUUAAUUUGUGAUCUAUUUUUUGAUGAAUAAACAUUUUUAUUAUUAUCGAUUGUAUUUACUUGGCCACCGUGGCCUUUUUAUUGCCUUUAACAUCCCUUAUCUCACCUCAUUUGCUCACAUUGUAUAUAGACUUAUUUUUCUACUGUAUUAUUGACUGUAUGUUUGUUUAUGUGUAACUCUGUGUUGUUGUAGGUGUCGAACUGCUUUGCUUUAUCUUGGCCAGGUCGCAAUUGUAAAUGAGAACGUGUUCUCAACUUGCCUACUUGGUUAUAUAUAAAGGUGAAAUAAAAAUAAAAUAAAUAAAUAGUU